AUGCUCUCGCACCUUCGAUUCCACCGUCGUGGCUCGUCGAACCCCGUCACACCAUCAACGGAUCGGCACCAGCUGUUUGUGCCCUCCAGCAGUCAUGAUCCUCCCGCGGCAGCCGACUCAACUUCUCCCUCCGAUGCCCGACCGGCCUCCUCUGGCCCCUCCGCUCGACCGCCAGUCCUUCCCCCGAUUCCUCGAGUCACCUCUGCCGACGCCGCUGACAUGCGGCAAGAUUGGCCAUGGUCCACGGGAAUGGACGCGGAUUCAAGGUCCCAACGGUCACAGAGCGAUGGCAACUGGGGAUUUGUCGGCGGAGCUGCUUUGCGGAAGCACUCGCAGCAAUCGGGUACUGGAUCCGACACCCUCAACCUUCUAUCGGAUGGACAGCCCGGCCACCAAUGCUCCGAGCCUGUACUGCCAGCACCGGCCGCCCCACCUCACGUGAAGGCCGAAACUCGGCCUGCGACGCACGUCGAACAGAGAGACUGUACCAGCAGCGGCCUGGGCAGAAGACCCGCAGCAAUGCGCGUAUCGACCGACGUGCCCGCCAUACCGCCCAGCUCUGGAGCCGCCGAUCUGUCCAAGGGCAAGAAAGGGCUCCCGUUCCUCAAGAACCCCAUGUCUACCCUGCUCAUGCGGCGAAGAAACAACCAAAAUGCUCCCGACUUACGCCUGCUUCCCACAGUUGGGCACGCAGAACAGCCGUCAUAUGAUCCCCGCAUCAAAGGAACCCGCGUACAUGACUUCAGCGCACCCAGACCCAAACAAACGGCAUCAGGGCCUGCUGGUUUGGCCGUCCGCUCCAGCAGUCAAACUGAUGUCAUGCCAAGCAAUACCAACAGGCCCACCGCUCAGCCCUGCGGGACAAUCGACAGCCCGAUGCCAAGCGGCGGCCGCGAUCCGCCAAACUCGAGCAGUGCGGCGGGCGCAUCAUAUUCCGAGUCGACCAGCGCAGGAUCACAGCUGAUUCAUCAGCCGCCGAGCAGCUCCCCGGAGAUUUCCAAGGACACUUGUGUGGAACAAAUGUUGGCCGCAGACGACGGGAGACAGGGACCACCAGUACCGCCCAAGGACGAUGUGACCAUCGUCUCGAAAACGUCGUCCUCCGCCUCCCCAGCGGCCACCCUGGAAGCUGCCCUAAGCCGGCAAACUGGGAGCCUCCGAACGCUAUCCCGGUUCGAGUUUCCUGCAUUGCCCAAGCAUAUGAAAAGCACUUCGUCCAGGUUCAGCUUCGACAUGGUUGGCGCCGCCAAACAAGAAAAGAUCCUUGAAGAAAGACAUCGCCAGCGAGAAUUGAAAAAGAAAACAACGAGCGCCGGCAAUGCCGGAGCGUCCGGGUUUGACGACUCGGACGGGGACGAUUAUGAUUACGACGCCAUGAUGGACGAUGAUGGAUUGGAGGAAAGGAUACCCGGUGUCAAUGCUGAUUUGGAGGCAGACGCCGAGGAGGACGAGCUGGACUCUGAGGAUGACCAGGAGGGCUUCUCCGGCUUCGUGUUCGAACGUUCCGACCCUGCCUCCUCGCUGACCUGCCCGGACAGCACGGCCAUCCUGUUCACGCCGAGCGAUGCCGCGGGCGGAGCAAUCGGGUGCGCAGUGACUGAAAAUGGAGCCAGCCUCACCAAGCAUCCCUCGCGAUCGCAAGCGAAAACUUGGUCGCAAGACUGCUCGCCGACAAACCAAGAUGGAGCUCGCUUGCGAUUCCAAAGCCCUUCCGCCGCCGAAGCGGCCGGGGUUGAACGAGCGAUGCCCAAGGACGAAUUGUACUUUGAUGACGGCAUGGUUUGCUUCGAGGACGAGUUUGCCGAAGAUCUCGCUGCCGAAUACGAAGUCGGCGGAGAGCCGUUUGAUGAGUCGAUCUUUGACAACAACGACACGGAUGAGUUUGGACGCCCAGUCCCUGGCGCCUUUGUUCCGACCCAGUCACUGUGGCGCGGCGGUUCGGACGAAAAGGCAGGCAUCAGAAGAGACUCGGAGAGAACGUCUCGACUGUCCGCACAUUCAGGCACCUCGCAAUCCACCGCACACACCUCGCUCAGUGCAGAAGCUCAUAUCGACGGCUCCGCGAUAGGCAAAGUCAAGAUAGCGUCCCGAGAGGACGAGCAAGUUGACGCCACCGAGCCGGAGGAGACCGAGCAAGACUCUGUCGCCGCGUACCAGGCGGCCCUUGCAGCUGCAGCCCAUCAAGCAGCCGCUUCGGGUAGGUUCCGACGGCCACGGCUGGAGGAGGGGUCCUCGAAUGGCUUGGAGGGCGAGUUUGUUCGAGACGACGCUGACGACUAUGGCCAUGGCUACGUUGAUAUGGACGAUGCCGAGCUGGGUGACGAUGCCAUCAUUGCGGAAGCAAACGCGAGCGCGUUGGCUCACGACCCGGACGGAUGGUAUGGGCAAGAGUUUGGGUUCUACUCCGCCCCGCAACAGACCAGUGCACAUUGCUCAAACGUCGUCGACUACGAGUACGCGAACGGUGGAGUGUUUGGCUCCGACGUGAGCGCCGGCGUGGGCCGCAGCACGAGUGGGCGGAUGGCCUCGAGGGAACCCAACCUCACCCCGAUCACGGAACAGUCCGAGUAUUCGAACCGCAACUCGGUCAUGGGAUUCCCACCGCUAAGCUCGUCGGCAUCGAUGUUGCCAAGUCCUGGUCUGGCCCAAUUGGCCAUGAUGGCGGAACGGGGUGAUGACCAAAUGUCGCUCUCGGCUCUGCUCCAACUGCGAUCCCGCCCCUGGGGCUCUCAGGCGAGCCUGCCGUCGAGCAGGGAGGCAUCGCCAAGAUCCGAUGGAGGGGAACUGCCCAGCUCGUCGUGGGGGUCAAACGGCGCAUAUGCCUAUCCAGGUGCGGGCGGCAACCGCGGGUGCAAUGGCUCGGCGUUUCCGAAGACGAGUCGAGACUACGAGGGGGUGAGCGUGUCAGGUAGCCCUCCGUUGCCCCUGGCGCAUCGGACACAUCCUUUGCCUUGCUCGGUUCUGGCAGGGUCGACGCAGCAGCCUGGCUUGCUCGCUGACGCUAGCCCUCUGCCUUCCCCCCUCGCGUCCUCGGCACCACGGUUUCCCCGCACUGGCGGGCCACCUGCAGCGAAGCCGUGGGAUAUUCCUCCUCCGGCAGCAUCCAUCAGAAGCUCAACAGACUCGACGCGGGGCGUUGGGUGCCAAGCCGGAAGCAUGCCCUCGCUGCCCUCUGGCAAGGGUCAUGGCCGACAGAAGAGCUCAGCAGACAGCGUGACGUAUCUCCAGGAGGAGGAUAGAGGCCAAACCAGAUGGGUAAUGGAAAGGCGCCGGACAGACGAGACAGGCGAAGUUGAAAUUUUGGAGCGAGGAGUGGUCGAGGGUGGCCGCAUAUGA